AUGACGCCACUGAGCACAUGGAUGUUAGACACCUUGUGCUCCUCUACCUUCUGCUGGAGGAUGCCUUACAGGUCAGUACACUUUGCUGAUGUUGUUGACAACCGGCUGACAACCUCACGCACACUUGUGAAUAGAUUCACUGAGGCUGAAGCCACACUACAAGGCAUCUCAAACAAAGUGAAAGAAGCCCUUGGCACUGAUGACCCAAUCACCCUCACUGACUCUCAGGGGAACAAGAUUAUGGAUUCCGAAGGCACAAGAACUUCCCACUACUGGAAACAAAAUUCAAGGAAGAUUUAUGCCUUGAUGGAUGAGGACUUCCAGGAGUUCCAGUCAGGGCGAAGAUCAAGAACUAGUCGCAGGGUUGAGGAUAGCUUUCCAGUCCAGCAAACACUGGACCAACUACAAGAAAUUAGAGACAACAUAACCCGGCUGUCAGAGGUGGUCAAGACUACGACUACAGCAGCUCUGACGACUGCUGCCCUGAAGCCAGCAAUGGAAGGUGUAUCCUGCCUUGUUUGUAAAGAUAUAAUGGAUAGACCCGUCUUUGCAACCUGUUGCAGGUCUCUUGUUGGGUGUUGGACCUGUGUGGAGCAGUGGCUGCUUACCUCUGAGCACUGCCUGAAAUGCAGAGCUGAAGCUUUUAGUGAAAAUAUACAUGAGACACUGGGUCUCUCUGCAGUGAUUGUUAUUUUUUAA